AUGCCAAAGAAGAAAAGAGUACAAUCUAAAAAUUCUCCAUCGUCGUCUGAUGAUAGUUCUGGAGAUUCUGAUGAAGAAAGACCAACUAUUAAAAAUAAGGCUAAAAGGAAGAAGGUGGCCUCUUUUGUUGACUUUACUACAACUGAUGAGUUUUUGAAUGGACUAAGUGAUGCUGUUUAUUUUAGCAGAUUACCAUAUGAAAAACUAAGUGUGGAAGAAAUUAAAGAUUUAGACAUUUCAUACGCCUUAGAAUGUAAUGAAGAAUAUUUAGCUGUCAGAAAUACCAUAUUAUUUAUGUGGAGGAAAAAUAUUACAGAAUGGAUUGAUUGCGAUAAAUUACUUGAAAUUAUACCAAGGCUAAAAUUCUUCAAAAAUAUCAAAUCAGACUCUGCUCAAUUUGCAAAGAUAAUUAUUAACACUUAUCAAUUUCUCAAUAGACAUGGAUAUAUUAAUUAUGGAUUUUUAUCAAAAUCAAAAUAUCCAAAUGGUAUUACUACUAACCUAAAAAUCAACCAUUAUAAAAUGUUGGAUAAAUUACCAGUGAAUAAUCAAAAAGAUAGAAAGCAUAUAGUGGUAAUAGGAGCUGGAUUUUCAGGAAUUUUUGCAGCUAAACAAUUAAUUUCAUUUGGAUACAGAGUUACAUUAAUAGAGGCUAGAAACAGACCAGGUGGGAGAGUGUUAACAGAUUUUUCAUGGACAGAUGAUUCUCCAGUUGAUAUCGGAGCAUCAAUUGUUACAUGUAGUGCCGCUUCUCCUGUAGUUGGUGUAGCAGAACAAACUCAAAUCAAAUUGAAAAAUAUUGGUAAAGAAGAUCAACUUUUUCAAUCUAAUGGACAAAUACUACCUAAAGAUUUGGAUGAUAAAUAUCAAAGAGCAUUUAAUGAUAUUUUGGAUAAAGUAUGUUCCCUUAAACAACCAGGCUUUGAAAAUGAAAGAGAGGAAUAUAGAAGAGAUGUUCAUAAGGGAUUUAUUGACAGCCAUCCAAAGGAUAUGACAGAUGAAUCACGAAUUGGCAAAACAGACAUGUCACUCGGAUACGCAAUGGAUAAAAUGACUGAAAAAAUUGUAAAUGAAGCACCUGAAAGUGAAAGAAAAACUAUGCAGGAGGUUCUUCAAUGGCAUACAGCCAACUUGGAUUAUGGAGUUGGUCACGAUAUAGAAUCUGCUUCAUUAUAUUUUUGGGAUCAGGAUGAUAUUUAUGAACUUGGUGGAGAACAUUUGUUUGUCAAGAAAGGAUUUUCCUCAAUGAUAGAUGCACUUUGCAAUGAUGCUCAGGAAUUGGACAAAUAUAUAGAAUAUAACCAAAUGGUAGUUGGUGUUGAUUACUCAAAUCCAGAUAUUGUAAGAGUCAAGACCAAGAAAACUCCAGAAACCACAGGAAUUCAUAGGAACCCAAUUGGAAAAUCAAAGCAGCUAAAAGAAGGCAAACUGGAUACUAAUGCUGAUGAUUUUGAAUAUGACUGUGAUGCUGUACUUACGACUGUUCCUUUAGGAGUUCUUCAGGGUAAAAGUCCACUAAAUAUUUGCACCUUUAAUCCACCACUUCCUGAAUGGAAAACUAACUCGAUUAACAAAUUAGGAUUUGGCCUUUUGAAUAAGAUCAUCUUGGAAUUCGAUUAUGUUUUUUGGCAACAAGAUCACUUUUAUUUUGGACUAACGCAUGAAGAUCCAUCAGAAAGAGGUUUUUGCUAUUUAUUCUGGAAUUUAUAUCCUUUAACCAAAAAGCCUAUACUUUGUGGUUUGGUAACUGGAAAGGCUGCUUAUGCAAUAGAGGAAAAUGAGAGUAAUUUGGAAUAUAUCAAGUCAAAAGUUAUGAAAUAUUUGAGAAAAUCCUUCUCAUGGAGUACAAACUUACCCGAUCCAAAGAAAAUUAUGAGAACCAACUGGUAUCAUGAUCCUUUCAGUACUGGUUCCUAUAGCUACGUUAGAAUGGGAGCUAAGGGAGAAGAAUACGACUUGUUGGCUGAAACUAUUGAUAAUAGAGUUUAUUUUGGAGGAGAGCACACUUGUAGAAAAUUCCCAGCAACUGUUAUGGGAGCUGUAAUUAGUGGACUGAGAGAGGCCGCCAAGAUUGACAAAUAUUUUAAUGGACUAUUGUUUAAAAAACAGAAUAAGACCCAAGACCAAGACCAACAGGAGAGUGUUACAUCUAGUCUAAAGCCAAAGGGUGAUAUCUUAAUACCUUCAAACCCUACUGAAAUGUCACAAAUAAUGAAACCUGUUCCUGCAAAUCAGAGAGGAUGGAGAAGACAUUUGAAUGCGUCAAUUUUAAAGGACCCAGCCCAAUUCCCUUUUCCAGUUCAAAACGUUGGCUUCAAACCUCCACUUCCUGAUACUCACUAUGAUGCCAUCAUUGUCGGAACUGGUAUCGAAGAGAGUUUAAUUGCUGCAUCGUUGAGUAGAGCUGGAAAACGAGUACUUCACUUGGAUUUAAACGAUAGUUAUGGUGGUCAUUUUAGUACAGUGAAUCCAUCUGAAUUAAACGAAUAUGUUCAUGUAAAAUCUUUUGAUUCUGAUGUUCCGGAACCUUUUUAUCAAAAUCCAUUCUCUCAAAUUAAUUUUAAAAUUAUUGAUGAUUUAAAUAUUUCUCUUCAAAGAAAGACAAUGAUUGACUUGUGUGGAUUGCAUGUUUUAUAUUGUAGAGGACCUAUGGUAGAAUUAUUAAUUCAAUCUGGUAUUGCUAGAUAUUUAGAAUUUAGAUGUUUGGAUUCUGUUUUAAUGUUUGACAAGGAGCAUUCCACUAACCCAUUUAAAAAUGUUGUAAAAUCUGAAGAUGAAUUUUCACUUGUGGAUGUUUCUCAAUUGUUUCAAGCAGUUCCAACAACAAAGGGUGAAGUUUUUAAAACCAAGUUUAUUUCUCUCAAGGAAAAGAAUAGACUUGUAAAGUUUAUUAACUUUUGUGUCAAUCUAUCCACUCAGGAAGAAGAAAUGAAAACCUAUAAGGAAUUUGAAAAUGAAUCAUUUGAUUUAUUUUUGAGCAAGACACAACUGUUGGGAGACGAACAAAGCUUUGAAAAAUUGAGAGAUAUUGUUGUUCAUGCUUUGGCUUUAUUAGAUUCUCCAAUUGGAAUAACCACUAAACAAGUUAUGAGUAGAGUACAAUAUUUCAUUUCAAGUUUAGGUAGAUUUGGAAAUGGAGGAGCUUUCCUUUAUCCAUUAUAUGGACAAAGUGAGCUUGUACAAGCAUUUUGUAGAGUUGGUGCCGUUUAUGGUGGUGUAUAUGUUUUGAGAAGAGGAAUUCAUAGUGUAAAACUUGUUGAAAAUGCUCACUAUCAAGCUGAGCCUGUAAAUAUCGAUCAAAAUGAAGAGAAAAACUCAGACCCAACAGAUGAAACUACCGAUAGACCAGUAAUUUAUUCUAAAGAAAAGGUUGUGAUUGAAGUUGGAAGUGGAGUUCAAACAUUUACUUGUGAUCAUUUGGUAAUGAACAGAGAUUCUUGUCCAAGUGAUACCAGUAGCACAGAUGACGAUUUACUUUUGAAGUUUGUUGUAGUUACUGAAUCUCCAUUGUUCAAUUCAAUUGCCAACACUAUUGCAGUUAUUCCUAGUGGUACAAUUUCAAUUGUUGCCUCUGAUGAAACAAUCGUAAAACAACCAUGUGCUAUUUAUUUGAAUCAAUUAGAUUACUCAAGUUGUGUCGUUCCUAGAGGAAAGUACAUGAUCUCCCUUCAAACAAGAAUUCCUUCAGACAUUAGAAAAUCCAAUUCAGAGGUAGAAAGUCUUGUAAUCAAAAUGUUACAAACAUGUGUAGACAGAUUUAUCAAGAACAUUGAAAAUGAGGAAAAUAUUGUAUUCUCAACUUUAUAUAAGCAAUCAAUUCGUAAGGGAAGUUUUUCAUUCUCUCAAGAAUUGGACAGUAAGAUUCAUUUCUGCAAUGAUGCUAAUCAUGAUGUCAUGCAAUUAGAAAGUGGAAUGACAGAACAUGUUAAGGCUAUCUUUAAGGCUAUUGCAGGUGAAGAUGUUGAAUUCCUCGCAAAGAUUCCUGAUCCAAACAAGAGCGAUAGAGACGAAGAAGAUGAGCUCUACGAUGAAACCACUAAAUUGUUGGGAAUUGAAAAGUCCAAAGUUGUGCAACCUCCCAACACAACAGCACAACAAUGGAGGAGCAAAAUUUGGGAGGCGAUAACCAACAACAAGAUGAAAUCAAAGAUAACAAUAACCCAGCAACACCUGCUGCUGAUCAUGAAAAUGUUGCUGUUUCUGCUUCUGAUGAAAAUAAUAAUAUUGAGCAAGAACAACCUCAACAACAAGACGACUCUGAAGGUACCAAAACAACAGAAAAAUAAAGGAGUUUUUUCCCGCCAAUUUGCCAUCCAAUUACGAUACAAAAAAAUGCGAAGAUCAUCAUCAGGGUCAAAUAUUGCUUCCUCAUCUUAUCGAUCGAAUACAUCAAACUCUGAUAGUGAUGAGGAUUUAAAAAAACCAAAUAACAAAUUGAUGAGAAAUUCUAUUAUUCAAAGUGUAAUAUCUGAGGCGAGAAGUAUAGUAGAGACAGAGGAAAUUCUUAGGCCCUCAAUAGCAAGGCCAUCACGACCAUAUACACCUCGGGAUUGUGAGAGAAGAUUAUUUAUUGAAAAUGAAUACACUUCGCGGCCCACCUCAGCUGUAUCAAUCUCCAGCACUUUUGAUUUUUCUCACCGAAAUAUUGGUUCAUCAAGUGGUACGCGGGAUGAAACAAACCCAGAAAUUACCCGAAAACCUUCAUCAUCAAGCUCCAAAAGAACAGGAAGUAGUAAAAGUAGUAGAAGUGAUUUGGAAAAAGAGGAAACACAUAUUCAUGAGCAAGGAACAAGUGACAAAGUGUGGAAUUCAAUAGAAACAAUUCUUGGCUCUUUGGAACAAUGCGAAGACGAAGAUGCUCUUAUGGACUCCUUGGACUCGAUAUUAUUGCUGGUUGAUAAACUUAAAACAGUCCACAAUCCAGUUGAAGAUGAAAAGAAGAUUAAUUUCAUUGGAAGACUGUCAAAAUACAUAGACAUAGAAAACGGGCCUCGAGCUGUUAAAUGUUGUUCUAUAAUUUUAAGAGUUACCACCUUUGGUUACCAGAUACUACAUAUUUGUAAAAUACUAUUCAAGAUUAGCAAACAAGAAAAAAAUGACAAAGUAUUUAAGGAUGACAGUAUUAUUGCACCCUUGGUUAGAUUGUUAAAUCAAGAAUUUUCAACCGAUAAUUAUUCCGUUUCUUGGGAGAUUUUACUGUUUACAAUUGGUACAUUGAAAAACAUUUCAUAUGAUAAUUUCAAUCAAAAACUGCUGAUCAAACACAACACCAUUUCACUCCUUUCUUUACUCCUUUCGUCAGCACUUAGAGAGCUGAAAACUGGAAAUAUGGAAAAGGUAAACAAACAAGCUCAGCUUUUAGUUCAGAUUAUGGCCACAUUGAGAAACUUGGCCAUGAAGACUGGAACUUUUAAACAAUUUUUUGAGUAUAAUGUGAUUGAUAAUAUUCAUAUUUUGAUGAAUGCCCUAAUGUCUCACUCAGAGUUUAUACAUAACUCUACUAGAGUUUUAAGCAAACUUUCUUUAGAUGAAACGUGUACAGAAGAAAUGAGAAAGAUCUCAACCUUAAAAUCAUGUUUAAUUAAUGUUAUGAAAGAGCACAAGAAACACAAACCAAUAGUUGUGCGAGUUACCUUUAUUCUAGGAAACAUUACAUUCCAGGAUUACUCAGACCAAGAACUCUUUGAUGAAAAAACAGAAAUUCCUUUCUUGUUAGACCUUUUAGAUCUUUACUCAAUCGAAGAUGAAAGAAAUACUAGUGCAGAAAAUGUAAAGAAGGAAACUGAGGAUUUAUUGACAAAAUUAAUAAGGUUGAUUGCAAAUAUUUCGAUGGAUGAGCACCAAGGAAGAAUAGUCGCUCAAAGUAAACAAGUAACUAGGUUGAUUGAAAUAAUAGAAAGAAAGAAAGUUCAAGAUUCUGAAGAGCUUAUUUUGAAUACACUAAGAUGCAUUACCAAUCUUUCGUUUUAUGCUUUUAGUGACACAGCAAGUCCUUUAUAUACAUUCAGAGUUAAGCUUGCUUCCCUUCUUUCUCCACUUCUCUUCCAUGAUUUGACAGAUGUUGUCUACGAAGCUACAAGAACAUUCGGUAAUCUUUCUCAAGACUCAAGUGUUCGGGAAUACAUUACCAAAUCUAGAAUUGAUGAAGCUUUAAUAAUAAUGGUUGAACAUGGCAAUACGGAUAUUGUAUAUGCUGUUUGUGGAGUACUUGUUAAUAUGACUUCAGACCCAAGGGGUAUUAAAGCAAUCCAGGAGCAUGGUGUAAUUGAAAAAUUACUAGACGUACUGGAGAAGUGUAAUGUUUCACUAGCUUUAGUAAUUUUGAAGAUUAUCCAUAACAUUUGUCUUAACAAUGAGGCUUUUGGAGAAAAUUCAAAAAUUUACUCUGACUAUGAUUUGGAACAUUUAGAUAUGUUACUAAAUGAUAUUCUCAACCAUGAAUAUGAUCACGAAGAAAUGAACGAGCAAGAAGUAUCCAUGUUGAGAGAUUUGUCAAGUGUUGCUCAAGAAUUACAAUAUAUUCUUUCUAAAUAA